GCACAGCGCCCCUCACAGGAAUGGAGGUGCACAUUGCCGCUAAACCAAGCAUCGCCAUAUUGAUGUCCCACACCGUCGAGAGGGCAUAUGACAGUGGGAAUCCUAGUGAUGACUCUACUGAGCCCGGUGCCCCCUGAUUAGACUGGUUGGAUGUCCUCCUUAACAACUACAACAAUCAGCCUCUACCAAACCAACGUAGCAUCAGCUCUGCAGCGACCCCACCUGUCACCUGCAGCUUGGAGGAAACCUCCAAGGUGAUCCAGAGAACAACCUGUGUAUAAUAUGUCCGGCUCUGUCCCAAGCCGCUCUCGAGUUUACCCUGAUGUAAACACACAGAGGCCUCGGGAGUACUGGGACUACGAGUCCCAUGUGGUGGAAUGGGGGAACCAAGAUGACUACCAGCUGGUGCGCAAACUAGGACGCGGCAAAUACAGUGAGGUGUUUGAAGCCAUAAAUAUCACCAACAAUGAGAAGGUUGUUGUCAAAAUACUCAAGCCAGUCAAAAAGAAGAAAAUCAAGAGAGAAAUCAAGAUUCUAGAAAACUUGCGAGGUCCCAACAUCAUCUCACUUUUAGAUAUCGUCAAGGAUCCUGUGUCUCGAACUCCAGCGCUGGUUUUUGAGCAUGUCAACAACACUGAUUUCAAGCAACUGUAUCAAACUUUAUCAGACUUCGACAUACGGUUCUACAUGUUUGAAAUCUUGAAGGCCCUUGACUACUGUCACAGUAUGGGGAUCAUGCACAGAGAUGUCAAGCCACACAAUGUGAUGAUUGAUCAUGAACACAGAAAGCUCCGCCUGAUCGACUGGGGCUUGGCAGAGUUCUACCACCCUAACCAGGAGUACAAUGUGAGAGUGGCCUCGCGCUACUUCAAAGGACCUGAGUUGCUGGUAGACUACCAGAUGUAUGACUACAGUUUAGACAUGUGGAGUUUGGGCUGUAUGUUGGCCAGCAUGAUCUUCAGGAAGGAGCCUUUCUUCCAUGGACACGACAACUACGACCAGCUCGUACGGAUUGCUAAAGUCCUCGGCACAGAGGACUUGUAUGACUACAUCGAUAAGUACAACAUUGAACUAGACCCGCGGUUUAAUGACAUUCUGGGCAGACACUCCCGUAAGAGGUGGGAGAGGUUUGUGCACAGUGAGAACCAGCACCUGGUGAGCACCGAGGCUCUGGACUUCCUGGACAAGCUGCUGCGUUACGACCACAACGCUCGCCUCACGGCCCGGGAGGCCAUGGAACACCCAUACUUCUACUCCGUUGUUAAAGAUCAGGGAAGGGGCAGCACUCCUGGAGGAAUAGUUACCAGCUCCACUCCAGUCAGCUCUUCCAGUAUGAUGGCAGGUAUCACCUCCACAAAGGCACUGGCUAACAACGCUGGAUCACCUGUCAUUUCUGCCCCCAACACUUUGGCCCCACAAGUCCCAGCGGCCGGGGCACAGCCCUGAAACCUCCACCCCCUCCUCCCAGCGGCUGCUGGGGCACAGCCCUGAAACCUCCACCACCUCCUCCCAGCGGCUGCCGGGGCACAGCCCUGAAACCUCCACCACCUCCUCCCAGCGGCUGCCGGGGCACAGCCCUGAAACCUCCACCCCCUCCUCCCAGCGGCUGCUGGGGCACAGCCCUGAAACCUACACCCCCUCCUCCCAGCGGCUGCCGGGGCACAGCCCUGAAACCUCCACCCCCUCCUCCCAGCGGCUGCCGGGGCACAGCCCUGAAACCUCCACCCCCUCCUCCCAGCGGCUGCCGGGGCACAGCCCUGAAACCUCCACCACCUCCUCCCAGCGGCUGCCGGGGACAGCCCUGAAACCUCCACCUCCCAUCAGCCACCGGAGCACAGCCCUGAAACCACCACCUCCUCAUGGGACCUCCUCACCUAUGUUUGUGUGGGCCCGUGGGUCGGUUCAGCCCACCCCACUCUCUAUUAUGUGUUGGCCUGGCCCGUGGGUCGGUUCAGCCCACCCCACUCUCUACUAUGUGUUGGCCUGGCCAGUGGGUUUCCUUUUUAUUACAUUGAGAAGAAUGACGGAGAAAAGAUGUUGAAAUUGCUUUUCCCUGUUCAGUUAUAUUUUGAGAUCUGGACAUGACAUCAUUUUUUAUUUGUCACACCUGUCUGGAUGAUUUGGUCUAGGAAUUCUAAUACAAUGUAGACCUGAUGAUGAAGAGAAUGGAUAAUAACAUUUAUUUUGUAUGUCCCAAAUAUACAGUCUAGCUUGAAACAGUUUGUUUGGGGAUUCCUGCUGUUGCAAUACACUGAACCUGUAGACAACUUCACAAAACGAGACAGGAUUCUCUGAUGUAGCCCCACUUGGCAGUGCUGGAUAGUUGCUCACACACUACUGUUAAGUGCAGGAGUUACCGGUGUUUUGAAGUUGUUAGAAGCUAUCGUACUUGGAUUGGACAUCUGUAGAUACUCUACAGUAACUGUUCGGUUGCAUGCACCAAAUGCUGACUAUCACAGGGUCAAUAGUUUGCCAAUUUGGUGUUACUUUUACUUCUGAAUACAUGUUUGUUUGUUUUUUAAUGUGGUCUCUUACACAUGAUUUUGAAUACAUAGGCAAUUUUGUAACUUUUUGUUUUUAUUUUGGGAGGAGUCUUAUCACUUGCAAAAAAAUCGACUUCAUAAAUAAACAAUUUCAAACAGGCAAA